GCUGGGGAAGAGCACAGAAGGAGGAGCCCAGCCCCGGGGCCGAGCGGAGUGGACUCUGACUGAAUACACGGAAGGGAGGAGGGGAAGAAGCUACUUGAGAGGGUAUCAGGGGACUGAAGGCCGCUUUGGGGGUGGAUUGGGGCCCCCCACGUGGGCAUCAGGGCUGGAUCUCCCCCAGCUCCUGCCCCCUUUUUGCGAGGAAACGCGCUUCCUCUUCCGUCCUCCCCCCACCCUCCUCUUCCACCUCCCCCUACCUCUCCUCCUCCCCCCACCCUCCUCCUCCUCCUUCUCCUCCCACCCUCCUCCUCCUCCGGAGCCUAGAGGUAAAGUCCCGGCAGGGGCAGGAGAGGGCCUCGGAACUUGUCAUUCCUCAGACCGCGACUGACUGUCCGGAGAGACUCACUUCUUGGCUACCCCCCAGGCGGGGACAUCCCGAGAGUCCGAGUGCUGGCAGCGGGGGAAAAAGUUGCCCCGGAGAAGCUCGAACGGCUCUAGGAAGCCGGACUGGACUUUCGGGUCCUCUUGAUCAGCUGCUGUCUAGUGGGAGUCGGAUUCCCUCGGGUGGAGGGUGGCAGAAGCUUCCCCGAGUCGUCUGCUGGUCCCGGGCUCAUUUCGGGGAAAUGAGGAAGCCAGACGUGAAGAUCGUGCUGCUAGGGGACAUGAACGUCGGCAAGACGUCGCUGCUACACAGGUAUAUGGAAAGGCGCUUCCAAGAAACUGUCAGCACGGUCGGGGGAGCCUUCUACCUGAAGCAGUGGCGGUCCUACAACAUUUCCAUCUGGGACACUGCAGGAAGAGAGCAGUUCCACGGUCUUGGCUCCAUGUACUGCCGAGGCGCUGCUGCUAUCAUCCUCACCUAUGAUGUGAACCACCUGCAGAGCCUCAUGGAACUAGAAGACAGGUUCUUAUCUCUGACAGACACAGCCAGUACAGACUGUCUCUUUGCCAUUGUGGGGAACAAGAUCGACCUCAUUGAUGACGUCAAUGUGGAGGAUGAUGCAGAAGGUCUGAAUGACCCAGGAAAGGCCAUCAGCAGUUGUGACUCAGCCGGAGCACCAAAGCGAGUUCACCUAGACGAUGCCAUGGCUCUUUAUAAGAAGAUUUUGAAAUACAGAAUGUUAGAUGAAAAGGAGGUGCCGGCUGCUGAAAAAAUGUGCUUUGAGACUAGUGCAAAGACAGGCUACAAUGUGGACUUUGUGUUUGAAACCUUGUUUGAUAUGGUGGUACCAAUAAUUUUGCGCCAGAGAGCUGAGGGACCAUCACAGACUGUGGAUAUUACUCAUUAUAAACCAACAAAACAGACCCAAUCUAGGUGUUGUGUCUGAACCAUAAUUUUUAGGAUUUAAAACUGUUAAGAAAGCUUCCAGUGAAGUUAAUUGAGCUUUGGAUAAGAAAAAAAAAAUAAACAUGGGGGAAACCAAGGAAUUGUCAUUAAGAAUCAUGUUUGGGGAAGAACUCCAUGGAAAGAUAACUAUUCAUUAAGAAAAAAAAGUCAUCAAGGAUGUGAACUCUUUAUCUUUUGUGGGUUAUCAAGUGGAAAAUCUGUAAGGAAUUAUUUGUAAUAAUAGAUUCACAGUAUUAGGCAAUUGACCGUUCUAUGGUCUUUACCUCAUGGUAGAUCUAACACUUCUUCCCUAAACCAGGUUCUGAGAUUUCUCCCUAUGCUUGCACAAAUGCAAGUCUAUUGCCAUAGCAUGUGAAUUGUCCUUGAAUCUUCUUUUUCUGUCAAGUUGCACUUUGUAUAUAUGUUGUUUUAAAACAUUUAUUUUCCCUAUAAUUUAAUUUAGGUCUUUCCUGAUAUUUUGUACGAGUACUUUCUAUGAAUUACAAAAGUGAUUCUACUUGUCCAUGGCUCACUGUGAUUCCUAUCUUGGUCCUGCUAUCUUGAGAAGUGGACAGACCACUUGGUUCCCGAAAGAUACCAUGAGAAUAUCUGGGGGAAAAGGGGAUGAAAUAAAAAUUCCUAUUUUCCUAGAAACUCCUUUGAAAACCAUAAGUAUGAGCCCCUUGCUGGGAAGGGUAGCCAGUAGAAUAACACAUCUGAAACCUGUACAGAAGGAAACCAGAUAGGUCUGAUGAGUUGGAAAUGUUUAAUUUGGAUUUGGGGAGAUAAAUGACUGUUGAAAUAAACACCUAAAAACCCUGUACCAUGUUGAAACACACAUGGAUGCAAGUUUCUGAGCAACUGGAUCAGUUUUUGUUAAACAAACUUUUCUUUAAGGAAAGAAGUGGUUUGUUAAGAGGCUACUGUGACCCAAGGUCUGUUUAUCAUUGGCAUUCCUGAAUAAAGAUGUACCAUUGCUAA